CCGACCCCGCAGGCAGCUGCCGCAGGGGCGGGGCUUGGGAGUCUGGCCGGCCCCGCCCUGGCCUGGGGGAGACAGUGGGGUGGGGCCGGGCGGGGAGGAGGCCUGUGGGGGUGGGGGCUAUUGAGAAACAGGUCCGCACCCCAGGUCGCACCGGCGCCUCUCCCCUGCAGUCUUCCAGGCUUCCUGUCCAGGACCAUGGACACUGACCUGGUGAUCCGGGCCUUGGAGAAGGAGCUCUUGUGUCCGGUCUGCAGGAACUUGUUCCAGGACCCGGUCACGAGCCCCUGCGGCCGCACCUGGUGCCGGGCCUGCUUCCCCGGGGAGGCCCCCGGGGAGCUGCGGACCAGCCUGCGCCUGGACAGAGUGCGGUCCCUGCUGCUGCGCCUGCAGCCCCAGCAGCCCAGCGAGCUUCCCCGGGACCACUGCCCCCUGCACAUGGAGCCCUUCUCGCUCUUCUGCUGCCAGGACCGGGAGCCCGCGUGCAAAGUGUGCAGAUACUCCCUGGAGCACUGGGAGCACCACAUGGUCCCCCUCGGCCCCCCGAGCCCCCACAGUGAGUGAGCGAGGGCAGCCUUUGCCCAUCACAGGUGCUGGGGCGGGGGAGAGGCGCUGCACCGGCCAGGGAGGGGCGGGGGCAAGCCCCGCUGUGCCCGGCCGGCCUCCCCGUUGGUCUUCUCGUUCCCGUGUUUGCUCUCCGGCCGAAGCUCCCCGUGCUCCCGACAGUGUGGCCCCCGAAGCCGCGCCCGGGCCUGGAUGGGCGGAUGUGCAAUAAUAAAUAAUAGCACCGUU